AUGGGCAAGCGAUCGCGCAACGGACGAGGUGGAGGACGCGGUGGCCGCGGCCGCGGCAACAAGAAGCCGCGCGCUGAUGGCAAAGAAGAGGGCUGGCGUGCUGACAAGUUUGCGGACUGGGUGUACGAGAACGAGAACUUCGAUGCGUACUACAUGGCGCAGAACAUCGUGACAGAUGCAGAUUGGGACACCUUCAAGAAAGCUUUGGCCACGCCUCUGCCUACGACAUUCCGCAUCAACAGCUCGUGUCCGUUCGCUGAUCGUAUUCGCGAGCAUAUCGAGCUGGAUUUUAAGUUCGACGGCUUGGUGGUGGAUGAUGAGCCUGUAGAACCUAUUAGCUCUAUGCCUUGGUAUCCUGACAGCCGUGGCUUCACGUGGUCAGUGGAGCGUCGUCGUGUGCGCAAGCUUCCGAUCCUUAAGGAGUUCCAGUCGUGGCUUGUGGAGCUCUCCAAUAGUGGCAGUAUCACCCGCCAAGAGGCAGUGAGCAUGAUCCCGCCUCUUGUUCUAGGAGUGGAGUCACACCACAAGGUGCUGGACAUGUGUGCUGCACCCGGUUCCAAGACGUCGCAGCUUCUCGAGUCACUUCACUCGCAGGAGUUCGCGACUGGCAAGACUCCUACCGGUGUCGUAGUAGCCAACGACGUUGAUCUCAAGCGCGCAUACAUGCUGGUACAUCAGUCCAAGCGCAUCAGUUCUCCAGCUCUGCUUGUCACUUGCCACGAGGCGCAGAACAUCCCGUUCCUUGGCAAGGACGGUACCGAGAGCGAAGGAGUAUUCGAUCGUAUCCUGUGCGACGCGCCGUGCAGUGGAGACGGCACUUUGCGUAAGAAUCCGCUAAUCUGGAAGAACUGGAGCGCUAAGAACGGAAUUGCGCUGCAUCCGCUACAGCUACAGAUUGCAAAGCGUGGUGCGGCACUGCUGAAGGUAGGAGGUAACAUGUGCUACUCAACGUGCACGUUUAACCCGCUGGAGAACGAGGCUGUGGUGGCUGAUCUUCUGCGAUGGAGCAAGGGAUCUCUGGAGCUUGUGGAUGUGUCCAAUACGCUGCCACUACUAAAACGCCGUCCGGGUAUCAGCACGUGGAAGGUGAUGGACUCGCAACUGAAGGAAUACUCGUCCUAUGAGAAUUACGUCGAGGAGAACAUGAAGGACAAGAUCAAGGACAAGAUCCGUGCCACGAUGUUCUCUCCGACGAAGAAAGAAGCGGCGGAUCUCCACUUGGAGCGAUGCAUGCGUUGUCUGCCUCAGGAUGAGAACACUGGAGGCUUCUUCAUCUGUUUAUUGAAGAAGGUGGCGCCGACACCCGAUGACAAGGAGGAAUCUACUGAGGACACACCAAAGUCUGCUUCGGAUGAAGCCAAGCCUCGGAGAAGCCGCCGCAACGACAAGAAGGGCGAAGUGUAUGUGGCGUUCGGUGCUGAGAACUGGGCUAACGUGCGCGAGUAUUACGAUAUUUCUCCCGAGUUCUCGGCCGAGCAGCUGAUCACACGCUCGGAGGACGCAAAGUCCGUCACUUUUGUGACCGAGAGCAUCACGAUGGCUCUCCUGGAGGAGAUGAAGCGCAAGAAACUUAAGGUUGUGUAUGCGGGCCUCAAGAUGUUCGAGCGCAACGAGACUACAGAGGGUGGCAAGGUCUACCGCGUGUGUCAAGCUGGUCUGCCACAUAUUCUUCCGUUCAUGAACAAGCGGAAGGCGAAGGUGACGACAAAAGACUUCCAGAUGAUGCUGGAGAGGCUUGGAGACUUGCUGGACUUCGACGAGUUCGAGUCUGCUACGCGACAAUACUUCGAGAACGCUCCGAUCGGUAGCGUCGUGUGUAUGCUUGAUCGCCCAGGCCAGACCAACGUCGAGUACGUAUCCUUACUCAAUUCUGGUGGCAAUGCAGCUCUAAGUAUUGUCGUUUUUGUGGUUUGA